ACCCACCACGUGUUUUGACAGAUAAAAACAAAAGUAUAAACAUUUUUACGGUUGAUUCCAAAAAACUGUUUCAUUCGAAAGAGUUAUACCAAUAAAUAUACGUUAUUCUGCUCAUUUUUUACUGUAAAGGAUUUCAACAUGGAUACCGACGGUUCCAGUAGUGUUACGGUAAAGUUACCUCAAAAGCGUUUCUACCGACAGAGAGCCCAUUCGAAUCCCAUUGCCGAUCAUAGUUUUGAUUACCCGGUUCGUCCGGAAGACUAUGACUGGAGUCAGCAGUAUCCAACGAUUGGCGAUCGUCGAGUUGAAUUCGCUGAUAUUGGAUGCGGAUACGGCGGCUUUCUAGUCACUCUUGGAGAGCUUUAUCCCGAUAAGUUUUCCGUUGGAAUGGAAAUUAGAGUCAAGGUUUCGGACUAUGUUAUGGAUCGUAUUCAGGCAUUGCGAAAAUUGCACGAAGGAAAGUAUCAGAACAUUGCCUGCAUUCGAACGAAUGCGAUGAAAUAUUUGGUCAACUACUUUCAAAAGGAACAGUUGGAGAAAAUGUUUUUCCUUUACCCGGACCCUCAUUUCAAGAGGGCAAAGCACAAAUGGAGAAUCAUAAACCAGGCUCUGCUCAGUGAGUACAGCUAUGUACUGCGAGAGGGAGGUCUAAUCUAUACGGUAACGGAUGUGAAAGAUCUGCACGAAUGGAUGUGCGCUCAUAUCACGCACCAUCCGGCAUUCGAACGACUGAAUGAUGCUGAGGUUCAGCAGGAUGUACUAUCCGAUAAGCUACUGGACAGUAGCGAAGAAGGCAAAAAGGUAACGAGGAACAAUGGCGAUAAAUUUGUAGCGAUUUUUAGAAAAGUUACCAAAUAGUUUAAAUAUCAAGUAAUA